GUCAAACCUUCUGGCUAAAUCAGAGACUUUCGCUUUUAUUUAUAGUUUUCUUUUUAUUUUUCAAAGUGCACAUCACAUUUUUGAUCGAUCUCUCCGCGAUUCAACUUGGAGCGAAAUUCCCAAUUCUUGUGUCCAGAACCCUAAAUUGAAUAUGGUUUGUAUAUUUUGUUUGGUGCCGCUGUUCCUCGUCCCGCUCAUCAAUCUACUUCCUCGGAUCAUCGAUUUCUUAAUGGCCAAAGUGUAUGCUUGGCUCGGAUGGGAGUACAGGAAGCCAGCGAGAGUUCCUCCAGCUUGUCCUUUCAAGCCCAACGACAACAACUCCACCAAAGCGGCUGCAGAAGCUGGAGCUGGAAGCACAGAAGCAACGAUAGUUAAACCCGUCGUCGUCGCGGAGGAGAGUGGUGGUGUUAAGCAGGAUUGAAGACUGACUCCACCUUUUUAAUAAAAGCUUUUGAUAUUCUGUGGAUAAAAUAGAAUGAAAGAACCUUUGUGAAAAGAUUACACAACUCUUGUUUCUUGUUAUAAUAACAACACCCCCUUCGUUUUC